GGCCAAUCAGGGCGGCGAGGCGCUUUUUCCCAUCAUGCCCCGCGGCUGGGUUGUACACAAUCAUCAUGGCCGCCGCCGCCGCCUCCUCUGCGUCCGGUUCUCCCGAUUCAGAAGACGCCAGCAUGGACCCGGAGACCCAGGAUCCAUCUUUAAGCUGUAGGGACAGUAGCCCAAACAACUCCCUUCAGGCUGAGCAACUGCCAGAGAAGCCCUCUGGUGACCCCCCAGACUCUGUCAGCAAUGGAGGGGAAGCCGAUACAGAGAAAGAACUGGUCGAACUCAAAAUAAUCUGGAACAAAAACAAGUACGACUUGAAGUUCCCGCUGGACAGCACAGGGGCGGACCUGAAGCAGAAGAUCCACUCGCUCACAGGCCUCCCGCCCGCCAUGCAAAAGGUCAUGUUCAAAGGACUGGUGCCAGAGGAGAAGACAUUGCGGGAAAUCAAGGUCAUCAGCGGAGCCAAAAUCAUGGUGGUCGGCUCAACGAUCAACGAUGUCCUGGCCGUGAACACGCCAAAGGAUGCCGCGCAACAGGAAGUGAAGCCAGAAGAGAGUAAAAAGGAACCUCUCUGCAGACAAAAGCAACACAGGAAAGUAUUAGAUAAAGGCAAACCGGACGACGUGAUGCCUUCUGUCAAAGGUGCCCAGGAACGACUGCCAACUGUCCCUUUAUCGGGCAUGUACAACAAGUCUGGUGGAAAAGUCCGGCUCACCUUUAAACUAGAACAGGAUCAGCUCUGGAUUGGCACUAAAGAAAGGACAGAGAAGUUACCGAUGGGGUCCAUCAAGAAUGUGGUGAGCGAACCCAUUGAAGGACAUGAGGAUUAUCACAUGAUGGCCUUCCAGCUGGGGCCGACGGAAGCCUCCUACUACUGGGUCUACUGGGUCCCCACCCAAUACGUGGAUGCCAUCAAGGACACCGUGCUGGGCAAGUGGCAGUUCUUUUGAAGGCACGCCUCACCUCUGGCGCUGGGGGGACCGUCUCAUGGACCGAGGGACAGACACUGCUGGGAGAGGGGCCUGGAACGGGGGUCAUCCCGGGACAUCUGCCUCUGUUCGAUCCCAGAGGGGCCAGGGAGGACGCCAGAGGUGGGGACACACUCUCUCUCCCCCCAUUAGUUUAUUUUUAACUUAAAAAAGAAAGAAAGAGAACAGCAGCCACCCCUGUUCUGCAGCCAGCUUCGUUUGACCCUAUUUAAAAACAAACAUGAUGGAAAUCAAUAAAUCUUAAAUUCACAAACCACGAAGUGUGUGUCAUACACUUUUAACUCUGCCAAGCCUCGCCCUUCUGCGAGGAAAAGGCCGACACACUGCCGUGGAUCUUUCUACAUGAUUUGAACACGAGACCGUUGUUUUUCGCUGUUCGUUGUUAUGAUUUGAGCUGUUUGCUUGUGACAAGCGAGGCUUUGGGGAAUAGGUUUCUCCCUCUCCUUAGAAUCUUUGAAACAGUAUGCAAACUCGGGGUCUCAUAAGCCAUAUCUUUCUUGGUUUGUUUUUCUUGUAUUGUAGAAAGAUGGUGCAACGUUUCCCUCUUCUCUUAACCCAAAGAUGUGCUCAACUCUUUUUAACUCCUAGUAGUGGUGCCAAGGGAGUUCUUCCUGUCACUGAGAAAAGGGUCAUGGCUGGAGAGGAAACAGAUAUUAUGCCAGCUCCCUUUUGCCCUUUUCUUGACCCACUUCCUUUCCCCCUUUAGACUCCAUCUCUCUUUUGGAACAGAUCACUUUGCAGCCGCCUUGUCACCUUUCCUUUUUGCUUUCUAUGCUCUUCUAUUGGCCUUAUUUUGCUUCGUCCCAGUUUCUGCGGCACUCUCUCAAUCAUUCUUUUCUGAUAAAUGAUAAUUAUUAUAAUAAUAAUAGUUAUUCUUCUGUUCUCUUUCUGGGAAGAGAUGGGAAAAGUCUGUAAAUGUGAAUGGCUCCGCUUUUAUUCUAGGGGUGCCGUCUUUAUCAAAAACUGUGGCAUUUUCCCAGUCACUCCUGCAUUAGUUGUGUUCUUCCUGCAGCACUUGAAUGAAAGAGCAGACAGUGUCUUUUCCUGCGCUGAACCAUUGUUUAUUUGUCCUGACAUAAAGCAGUAGAUUUAUUGGAAGGAGCUCUAGGAAGUCACCUGCCUGUCUGUGUUAUUGAGCAUAGUCAGAGAUCAUGAAGAUAAAAUUAAGGAUAUGAAUGAAAGGGAGACCUAUUAGUCCAAGAGAAGUGCAUGUUGUUAUAUGGGAACAGCCCUGAGGAGUGUGGCCUAGAGUUAUCCCUUCAUUCUACUUUCCUCUUGGGCUGAGUUGGUCUUCCUUCUUCAGCUUUCCUUUGUUCUCUUUGGUGUCAGACUCAAGCAGUAGGUGACCAGAACUACUGAUAAGAGUCAUCUUUCAUUCUAUUGAAACAUUGGCGAGUGACUAAAUACCUGAAAUACAUCUAACUUGUGAAGCCAUAAGAAAGAACAAGUAUCCUUCCACUCCCAUGACGCACUUGGGGAAAAUGGAAUUAUUGGCAGUAGUUUCUUAUAAAAGCUAAACCAGUUCUACUGGUUGAGGACUUCUUUUUCCUUUUUGGCAUACUUAUCGUAAAUAUUAACUGUGUUGGUACUAUGCCAAGCCUGUGAGGGAGGGCAGACUCCAGAAAGUAGCCAUUUGCUCAAUCUGCUGGAUGUCCAGCAAUACAGACCUGGACCUGUUGACUCAGAAGUGAGGCCUGUUGUGAUCCCAAGUCAGAUUGGAGGCUUCCUCCUGAAUCGGAUGGUUGGUUUAUUACUACUACUUCUAGUAGUAGUAGUAGUAGUAGUAGUAUGAACCUUCCUGUUAUGUGGCUGCAACGACCCUCCUUAUCUUCUCCUCUUAGUAACAAGCUUAUGCCCAGCUGCCAUAAUAACAACAACAAUCCGCCACAGUCACUGUGAACCCUGGAAACCCAAUCUAGAGUAUCUGUCUUUGUUCAGAAAAAUGGCACGUUUCCAUCCUCUUCGACUCUCAAAUGUUUUCAAAGCCCUUCUUGCCUUUGUAUUAGUAGCUUACCUUGCUAUUGACAGGGCAAAAUGGAUGGCACUUUCCGCUCCCGUGAGCCUGCCUUUGUGGACUUUGCACGCCAACCCUGGAAGGCAGUAGCAGGGAGGCUGUGUCCCUCCAGAUGUUGGUGAACUGCUCCUCCAGGCCCAACAGACCCCAUUCUAUUCUGAUGUGGGGAACGUGGCAUCAUGUCCCGCCUUGUCAUCAUGCAAAUAGACCUAUGGUAUGGCUGUUAGGCCCUUCCUUGUGGGUUGGCGACCCUCCAUGACUGUUCUCUUUCCUCCUUUCUCCGCGAGUGCCUCGUCCUCCUUUUAGAGCUUUAGGGUGCUGCUUUGUGUUCUCUUUUGGGGCCUAGCGAGUCUCUUUGGACAUGCCUCAGCUUAGAGAGAGUGAAAACCUGUGCAAUGUGAUGCAAACUAUAAGCCCAGCAUCUUUGGUGGCAUUCCUCCUGUAGCAUUUGGUCCGGAGGUGCCCUGAUUUGGCUCCAGUUGGGGCCUCCCAGGAGCCGUAUAGCCUUUCUUUUCUUGCCUCGGCCAGCACUGUUUCUGCACUCAUUUGUUUCGUCAGGAGGAACAUUCUCUCUUGUAGGGCAUUGGGGAAUUAAAAGGCGUACCUGGCAGCCAUGCUUCAGCCGGGGAAUCCUUGAAUCAUUCGGCCGAAGUGGAUCUUGUUCAGAUCUGUCCUCCUGCUGCAAAAAAAGCCCUCUCUGCCAGGAGGAAAUGUUUCUGUUUCCUGCGUUUGACACACAGACCCUGACAUACAUUUUUAGAGAAGAAGAAUGGGGAAAGGGAGGGCGGUUUUACUGCUUCUUCACUCCCCUUUACUCUCUCUUUUGCAUUUGAGGACCCUACGCUUGGGUCCAGGUCAUGUCUGCAAAAGGGACGCUUCCUUAUUCUGUGCAAAUGCAAUACUUGGUGAUUCAGGAAACCUUGUCGCUGUAGCCAGUGCCUAGGGCCAGGGGAAAUGUCACCAGGCCCAGUCCUUGAAUUUUGGGUAGGCCUUGGUCUGUUCCUUAGUGCCAUCAGGCCCAAGGUCUUGAGGUGAAUUUCGCAAUACGUUCCUUUUUCCACCCAGGUGCAAUAUUCCUAUCACAUUUCCUUCUUAGAGUUUCCUCCCCCUCUCCUUGCCCCCUUCUCUUUUGGGGCCCUGCAUUGAGACGCCUUCAUUCCCUCCAAUGUCCCCUCUUUAAGGACAAGCGCAGGGUCGCUUCCCCCCUUUAUGCCUUUGGUAGCUUUCAAGAUCCACGUUGCUGUUUCCAUGUGGCAUUGGCUGUUUUCCAGGGGUGGGAUAUUGCAUUGGCAUCCCUUUCAGGAAGUGGUUUGCAUCUCUGCUGUUUCUGUGUGUUGGGGAGGGCCUUCCAUUGUGCCUCUAAGUCUCUGGAUAGAGCUUUGGCGUGUCCCCAGCCAUGUCCCUGUCGCAUUUUGCUUCUUCUACAGAGCAGCUGGAAAGGAGGAAUGGAAAAGGGGGGAUGCAGAUGGGAGGGGGCUAAGCGCCGCCACGCCGCUGGGAAUGUGUCAAAGUGUAACCGCAUCCCGUUUAUUGUCCGCCUUGGUUCUGUUCUGUAUGAUUGAUCAGCCAUGUCCAUAUUAAACUUUGAUAAUGAA